GUCCAACAUGCUCAAAUAUGCUGAUAAGUCAGUUGGAUGAAGAAUCUACGAAUAAUAAAUGGGUAUGCGCUAUUUGUCCGUAUCAAUUUCCUAUGACAAAACAAUUCAACACGCGGCAUAAGCUCAAGCGUAAGCAAGUAGAUGAUGUUUUAGGUGGUGAAGACAGCUGGAAGAAUGUCGACCAAACGUCUGCAGAGUGUCCAAAAUGUUCAAAUGGCAGAGCAUUCUUUAUGCAGAUACAAAUAAGGAGUGCAGAUGAACCGAUGACAACGUUUUAUAGGUGUACAAAUGCAAAAUGCGCUAAUCAAUGGAGGGAGAAUUGAUCUUUUGCUAUGACGACGGUAUAUUUUGCAUCUGGAUUCGCACUUAGAGCGAUUCUAAUAAAUUAUUUUGAAUUUCUUAACUUUUUCGAACUAUCAAAUGUAUUCAAUUCUGCUUUUAUUGUGAAGGAAUCUGCCGUCAGAGGUACUUUUGAUUAUAUUUCACCGUUAUUAUUACACUUUGAUAGCAAAGUUUACUAUUAUAUAUUAGAUGUUAUCGCUAUAUGCGCUUUAUAUAGGAUAAAUAAGCAAUCAGCGUUGUUCUACACAUACAGUCCACUAUCUAUCGUCAAUCUACUCUCACACUCUUUGACGACGCUACAGAACACACUUACGUUAACUUCUCUGACGCUAGCAUGUGAAGGUUAUGCAUAUCUAUCAAUUUUGCUGCUAUCGUACAACUCCAUACUGUUCUUCUAUCCAGUAGCAUUAUUAAUUCCUCAAAUACUCAUUAUAACAAAGGACAGUACAAAUAAGGUUAAAGAAUUGACAAAGUACACCUUAGUAUAUCUGAUAACAACACUUUCACUAUUGUCCUUGGCGAGGUAUAUCUCAAAUGAUUGGUCAUUCCUAAACCUCUACAAGAAUCUGAUCUUUGCUGAAAAUUUGACACCAAAUACUGGCUUGUUUUGGUACUUAUUCAUGGAAAUAUUCAGUCAAUUUAGAUAUUUCUUUACAGUCGUGCUACAAUUACAUGCCUUUAUUUACGUCCUACCAAUAUCAAUAUACUUAAGCCACAGACCACUCUUAGCAUUUACUUUCAUAAGUGGUACAAUAUCUAUCUUCAAAUCCUAUCCUUCAAUUGGAGACGUAAGUGUCUACACUAGUCUCAUAUUUCUAUUCCCAGAUUUAUACCAGCACGCAAGAUAUCCAAAAUUUGUAGCAACCCUUACAAUAGUUGCUGCAGGUUUACUGCCAUUGUUUAGACACCUCUGGUUAAGAGCAGUCACUGGAAAUGCGAACUUCUACUACGCCAGCACUCUCCUGUGGACCUUCAGCAAUGGAAUGCUUCUUGUGGAACUCCUAUACGCUGAAGCCAAGCGGUUGUUUAUGAUGACAAUUGAUAAGGAUACGGAUAUCAGCCAGUAUAAAAUAAAACAAGUGUAAAUAUCCCAUUUAGUAUUUUCGUUUGAGGUUCUUAUUCUUACUAUACUUGCGAUUGUCUAUUAUGUCCCUACUGAGGUAUUUACCUACUUCUUUCAUGCAGAAGUGAGCUGAACGCGUCGUGUCUUCCCCGCUGAAAUCUUUGGCAAUUGCCGACCAGAAGGCUACCAAAGAGUCAUGUUCCAUAUUAUCUUUAUGAUUUUCGUAUAUCUCUAAUAAUAUCUUUAAAUCUGAAUCGUCAAGUGGUUGGUUAUUUAGGCGUGGAUUGUCAACGUUCUGCCAUCGGAUACGACAUUCACUGGGUAAUCUACACGUUAGCAUACCAUCAGAUACCCUAUUCCAAUCUAUCCGAGACGCUUGCAUGCGUUUGUCUACCUCUGCAUCCGAUAUCGAUGUAUCAUCGCAACAACUCGUCCUAUACGUCGCUCUAACCACAUUGCGGAGAUUUUCUGUCUCAUUUUUUGCAAACGGUAUUACAUUCCUUGCUUCGAGGUAUUCUUCUCGACGCUCAGCGAGUUGAGUGAGUGGCGUGUUGUUAUAUAUAUCUCGCUGUAGUGGUAAUUCCACUAAUUGUGUUGGUGCUGUUGAGUGUACGCCGAUUUUGUUGUUAUUUGUGAUUAACACGCUAGAUUCCCACUCUAAUCCGUUUUUCAAGCGUUCAGCUUCCUCCUUAAUUUGCACUGACCAGGCUAUAGAUCGCGCUACGUGGCUUCUCCUACUACAGUCUGC